AUGUCAUAUUCAUCGGAUAGUAGCUCUUACUCAGAUGAUGACGAUGAUGAGUUGGAUGAUAUGAUGAUGAUUGCUUUGUUAAUAAAGAACAAUAGGAAUUUUAUUGACCGAACUCCUUGUAGGACAUCUAUGCUAAGUGGAAAAGAAUACAUUCGAGAGAUAAUGUGCGAUCGAAGGGAUGUUAGUGUAGAAGAGGGUUUGGCAAUGAGUUUGCGGAUUUUAUGUCAUGGAACAAGCCAUAGAAUGAUUUCGGAUCGUUUUCAACAUUCUACGGGGACUGUACAUUAUUGGUUUAAGUAUGUGUUAAGAGCUUUGAAGGCAUUUGCUCUUACAGUAGUUAAAACAACUAACAGAGGUGAAGUUCAACCAGAAAUUCGAGCAGAUUCGAGAUGGUAUCCAUUCUUUAAGAAUUGUAUCGGUGCUAUUGAUGGCACUCACGUAGCAGCUUGGGCUCCAUUAUCAAAACAAAAGUCAUUUCGCGGAAGAAAAUCAGUGCUUGUUACACAAAAUGUGAUGGCGAUUUGUUCCCAUGAUAUGAUGUUUACUUUUGUGUAUACCGGCUGGGAGGGAACAGCGAAUGACUCUCGUGUAUUUUAUGACGCCGUUAUUAGACCCGAAAACAAAUUUCCAAUACCGACCGGUGAUUAUUUCUAUGUUGUUGAUAGUGGGUAUCCAAAUCUAAAGGGAUUUUUAGCUCCAUAUCGUGGUGAGCGGUAUCAUCGGUCUGAUUGGCAAAGUGGUAGUGGAGUUAGAGGAAAGAAAGAAUUAUUCAACUUUGUACAUUCAUCUGUUCGGAAUGUCAUAGAGCGGGCAUUUGGUGUUCUUAAAAAAAGAUUUCACAUUUUGAAAUAUAUACCAAACUAUCCGUUGAGACGCCAAAUGUUGAUCCCGCAUGCAUGUUGUGCACUGCAUAAUUAUAUACGGAUGGAGGAUAGGGCAGACACUUUAUUCAAUACAUAUGGUGGUGAAAAUUUUCAAGAACUCACAGAAGGCUUUAACGUGGUUCAAGAGGGUUUUCCUUUGGAUAUGACAGAUCAAGAUGAAAUGCUUCAAGUUAGAGAUUCAAUUGCUAACAUGUUAUGGGAAAGACAUACACAACGUCGCCGGGGGCGUUCACAAUAUUGA